UUGUGCUUAUUGUCAGAUCUUUGCCUAAUUUGCUGUUCUGGUGCUAUUAGCACGGCGCAGGCUUGGAGAGGCUGGCAGAUGAGGGGUCCUCUGUGUGCCCCGCCAAGCAACACUCGUCAUACCGCCAUAGCUGCUCUCUCUUCUCUUCCAAAGCAGAAACUCUAUGCCAUUGUUCAGGACUCACAUUGUCUUGAAGGAAUAUCCUAAUUAAUAUCACCAUCAACCAGAAAUACUUUACUACUUCUCAACAUCAUGGCGAGACCCGAAUACCAGCCCGUUUCUCGAAACCAUGUCGACCAAAUUCCACUCGUUGAGUCAGGCGCGUCAGCUGGUGACGAUGCGUCCGACUCAGAUCUUGAAAAUGAUAUCGCCAUCAGCGAGUCCGAAUUGAAGCGCGAUCAUAUUCCCAGAAGAACCCUUAUUCGCGUUCUGGCAGCAAACGGAGUUAUCCAGAUACCAAUCUGGGGGUUCGCGAUUAGCUACGGCGUAUUAGAGGAAUAUUAUUUCAACAACUGGACACUCCAGGGAAAUAAAGACAUUACAGGUGCCAUUGGAACGACCGCCAAUGGCAUCAUGUACCUCUCCAUGCCCUUCCUUUUCGCCUUGUUCACAAGACGGUGGGCGUAUCGGCGCCAAGAGGCUGCUUUCUGCGGUGCCCUCAUUGCUUCCAUCAGCUUCUUCUUGUCAACAUUUAGCACAAACGUCUGGCACCUGCUUGUUACGCAAGGUAUCACCUCAGCGUUUGGAUGCGCGCUCAUCUAUAGCCCCAUCACCCUCUCCCUGGGUGAAUGGUACACGACUAGCAACCGGUCUGUAGCAUACGGACUGGUCUUGUCAUGCAAGAAUAUCGUUGGCACCCUUGGCCCGUUCCUCUUCAAAGCUUCACUCGAUACGUGGGGCUUCCGAACAACUAUGAAUGCUUGGGCGGUGUUCGUCGGCGCAGCUAGCAUUCUCAGUAUCAGCCUUGUUCCUAUUCCUCCCUCAAGAAUUGCUAUGCAUAAGACACCCGAAAGAAACAUCCCUUGGGACUUUCUCAAGCACCCCGCUAUAUACUUCUAUGGCAUUGCUGUCUUCUUCCAAGGCACUGGUUAUGGUUUGCCGCAGACGUAUUUGGGUACUUAUGCCCAAGACUUUAGUUUGUUAUCGGAGACUAUGGCAACUGUUGUCUUGGCUCUACAGAACGCCGUAGGCAUCCUUGCUUCUGCCUUUUUCGGAUGGCUCAGUGACAACAAACACAUUGUCCUAUCAGCGCAAGUAGUGUCAGCAAUUCCAUGCAUUACUAGCGGAUUAGCAGUGUUUCUUUUCUGGGGAAAUACUACGCAGGGAGGUGUCUUUCUCCUUGUUCUCUUCUCUAUCACGUUUGGCUUCUUCUCCAGUGGCUACAGUGCCACCUGGGGAGGAAUCCUUAAGCAGAUGGAGAGUGACUCCGCAGGGAGGGGAGAGUCCAUCGAUGCUGGGCUGAUAUACGGUUUAAUAAACGGUGUCAGAGGAGUAGGGUAUCUGGUUGGAGGUGCAGCGAGUGUCUGGCUAAUCAAUGCUGGCACAAUUUCUGACUGCCAGCACUUUGGGUAUGGCAGCACUUAUGGGCCUCUUAUUAUAUUUACCGGACUUGUAUCUCUUGCUGGAGGCUGGGUUGUGGUAUGGAGUUGGUGGCCUGAGUCUUGGACUUUUGGACGGCGUAAUUGAGAAAUGGCGGUCCGCUAUGAAUUGACUUCACUCAUAGAUAUUUACGUAUAACAAAGAAUGAAUAAGUCUAAGGGCAUUUAUAUCGAAAC